UUCCAGGUACUCAUGGAACCAGAAUUUGGGGCCAAUGAAACAGUUGUUACUGAGUUCAUCCUGCUGGGAUUGGUGGAGACACCAGGGCUGCGACCAGUUGUCUUUGUCCUCUUCCUCUUGGCCUACCUGGUCACAGUCGGGGGCAACCUCAGCAUCCUGGCAGCCAUCUUGGUAGAGCCCAAACUCCACACCCCCAUGUACUUCUUCCUAGGGAAUCUAUCGGUCUUAGAUGUUGGUUGUAUCAGUGUCACUGUGCCAUCGAUGUUGAGUCGUCUCUUGUCCCACAAGCAGAUAGUUCCCUAUGGAGCCUGCCUCACUCAGCUCUUCUUCUUUCAUCAGUUGGCUGGAGUGGACUGCUUCCUGUUGACAGCCAUGGCCUAUGACCGAUUCCUGGCCAUCUGCCGACCUCUCACCUAUAGCACCCGCAUGAGCCAGACAGUCCAAAGGAUAUUGGUGGCUGUGUCUUGGGUCUGUGCCUUCACCAAUGCACUGACCCAUACUGUAGCCAUAUCCACACUCAACUUCUGUGGCCCCAACGUGAUCAAUCACUUCUACUGUGACCUCCCACAGCUCUUUCAGCUCUCCUGCUCCAGCAUCCAACUCAAUGAGCUUUUGCUCUUUGGUCUGGGUAUCCUCAUGGCAGGUGCACCUAUGAUUCUCAUUGUUACCUCCUAUAUCCAUGUGGCAGCUGCUGUCCUGAGAAUCCGCUCUGCUGAGGGCAGGAAAAAGGCCUUCUCUACAUGUGGCUCCCACCUCACUGUUGUGGGCAUCUUCUAUGGGACAGGCGUCUUCAACUACAUGAGGCUGGGUUCAGUGGAGGCCUCUGACAAAGACAAGGGCAUUGGCAUCCUCAACACUGUCAUCAGUCCCAUGCUGAACCCACUCAUCUACAGCCUUAGAAACCCUGAUGUGCAGGGUGCCCUGAGGCGAGUACUCACAGGGAAGCGAGCUCUGGGAUGA